AUGUGCGACAGCUUUCAGAAAAGUGAAAGCACUCUGGGCCUUUCGCAAUCGAGCCUAGACCGCGACGUCUCUCACGGGAAUAGGACUGAUAGGCGAACGCAACGAGAGACGACCUUACCCAUCAUCUGUAUCGUCAUGCACGUCGGUGCAGACACUGAAGACGGCUUCGAACAGCGGGUGACGGGCGAGCCGCGGAAACGGAGUAUUCGAGCCUGCGAUCUCUGCCGAAAGGCGAAGAUUCGUUGUAAUCGAUCCUCCGAGGACGAGCCAUGUCAGGCCUGCCAAGCAGCAGAGGUCGGAUGCGUCUUCUCAGGACCUACCUUCAAACGAGGUCCGCCGAAAGGCUACAUACAAGCCCUUGAGCAGAGGUGGUACAGGUCGGAAUCAAUCCUCGCGGUGUUGAUUGCUGCGUCCAGCAAUCCCUACGUUCAAGAACUCUCCCGUCUGUUGCAGCAAGAUGACCUAGCCCGCGAAGUCAUGGAAAGUGUCGCCACCGGCCCUUUGCAGACGACCCCAGAAGCAGUCGCGAGCUUCGAGAGAAAGGGUGUCAAGCAACAGAACUGGGGCAGUGGCAAGAUCGUCUCACAGCAUGCCUCGUUUCCCCGCAAUCCCAAAGCACCUUACCGUCAGUGCAAUACCAGCCGCCAGCGAACGCAGAGUACGACGCCCUUGACACCACUCAAUUAUAUUCAAUGGAUUCAUCCGCUCAACAGACCAAAUCUAGAGGACAAAAGCGCAAGUCCUGAUGAUUCGGGAGUAGACGAAGCUAUAGACGGCUUGAAUCACCUCUCGGUGGACGAGAACCAAGAGCUUCGGUAUCACGGCAGCGCAAGCGGGUAUCACCUGCUAGGCGCGGAAGAACGCUUUGAUGGCCGGAACGAGGGCGGGAUAUGGAAAUUCCCCAUGGCGCGCGUGUGGCCGCUGGCCAUGGAGUCGCGACUGGCGUAUGCGGAUGAAGACGACGUGGACGUGCAGAUGCCUCCUCCCGAGCAACAGGAGGCACUCGUCAACGUCUAUUUCACGUACAUCCACCCCUUCAUCCCGUUGAUACACAAGCAGCAGUUCCUGGAGAGCUUCAGAGCUAGCCGCCAACAGCCGAGCGGGACGCAGGGGCUGUCGAAAGGGUUGCUCCUCGGCAUCUUCGCGAUUGCGGAAAGGUACCGGGCGGCGACGAUGCCGCCGCCGCCCGAGGGAGUCAUGUCAGAGGCCGGAUGCGACUUUGCGUAUUCCGCCCAGGAAGUCAUCAUGAAAACCGUCCACCACAGCCAUCCGGUCACGUGCCAGGCGCUGUUGCUGCUGGGGGUGAGGGAGUUCGCGAUAGGCAAGCCCGACCAGUGUACAUGUCCCUUCUCCCUCGUCGCGUGGAGCGCACUGCUGAUGAGCGGGACAGGAAUGGCCAUUCGUAUGGCGUAUGAUCUAGGGCUCAACCGCGAUCCGGAACACUGGUUGUACAGAGGACGGGAGGUGUUUACCGUGAACGAUAAGCAAACGAGGAGAGCAAUAUGGUGGGCGUGCUGUUCGGUAGAUCGGCGCAUGAGUGCUUUUUUAGGACGACCGAUAUCGAUCCAGGACAAGGACUAUAAUGUCAAACUGCCUGAUCCUGAGGCUAAAUGCAUGGACACCGAGUGCCUUGUCCAGAUCUACGAUGGCCUGUGGCAGCCUGUGCACGAAGACCCAGCUGCAUCCGCCUUCUCACCCGUGUCAGGCCAUUUCGCUCAGUGCUAUCAUUACAGCGCUUCGCUUUCUAUUAUCAUGGGCCAGAUUAUAAAUACCAUGUACCCUGUUAAGCGGACCCACCUGGAUGCGCAAGCGCCGUCUCAAGCGUGGCAGGCGAUGUCGGCGUGGCUGCAUCAGUGGUACGGUUCUCUGCCUAAAGAGAUGCAAUAUCUUUCCGUGGCUCAGCUAGCCGACGCUCCGCCGCAUAUAAUGUUACUACACGUGGAGUAUUGGUAUGCCACUUUGCUCCUGCACCGUAGCCUACUCCCGAGCGUGAUACGCCCCGAGUCUCUUCAAGGCGAAGGACACAUUAUUCGCUUGGAACGAUGCCAUGCGGCCGCUAUGAAGAUAAGCGAUAUAGUUGGUGGCUACCAUGACAGAGCCGGCUUGGAUUAUAGCCCGCCCUUCUUGAGCUCUUACGUGCUGAAUGCUGGCAUUACCCAUGUCAUCACUCUCAGUGUCGGCGUAAUGCACGAGGCUGCGUCGCAGGGCCUCUUGCGGGCGAUCAAAGCACUAGAAGCAAUGAAGGUAUGCUGGUCCGGCGCCGGGCUGGCCUGUGACCUGCUGAAGGGCGUCAAGCUCCGACUGCAGACAGGCGGGCAUGCUCCCAUCACCCCAGCGUCCACACCCGCAGCGAGUACUUGGACAACAUCUGUCACGGCAUCUAGCAUGACUAGCAUGCCUGAACCAGUAACCGGACGGAGCGGAGUGUCUUGGGAUAUGUGGCCUGACCCAUACGAGAUGACGCGUUUCGCAGACCCGUUCAGUGCGUUUACAAUGGCUCAGAUGCUCGGAUUGGACGUGUCACAGUCGGGCAUGGACACGGACGGUAUGGGUCAGCGCUCGGAUUAUGGAAGCGCUACUCAGGAUAUUGCGGUGAUGUCGGGUUCUGGUUACGCACACGAGCCUGUCGCUGGACCGAGUGGGACGACAGUACAGUGGUUCGGUGAGGCGGGAAACGAGGGUUCGGCGGCUGCCGCUGGUCACCGUACGCCCACUUGCACAGAGAGUUCGGAGGGGUAA